GGAGGGGGACAGGGUUAUAUUGUGCAGGAAAUAGUUAAGAGAGGAGGACGCUGGUCUCUCAGGGAGUGGUUACAGAGGGGACAUCAGAGUCAACGCAGUAUUUAUCAUAUUCUGCCCAUAGAUCCUGAUCUGGGAGUCUGAAGCAAGAGAUCUUUGUGUCAUCUCACUGCCUGCAGAGGGUGAUAUAGAAUCAGACGCCGGCUGUCUGCCAGCCAUGACGUCAGGAUCUUAUAACACUAAACCCAUCCAUACCCAACCCCAGUGGCAUAAUCAGCUCACGCCUGCCUACCAGGACCAUCUUCAGAAGCCCACCGCUGUGGUACCUCCAGGGUUGCAGUGCCUUGCAGAGGUGGAGGAAGUUAUAUUGCAGAAAAAAGUUUUUCAGACCAACGCUGGCCAGAUUCUCUUCUCUGUAUAUCGGGUGGCAGAGUGCUGUGGGCCUGGCCUGAACCUGAGACUCAGAGACCCGUACAAGAGAGAGGUGGUGUCGAUGUACCUGGUCUCCAGUGGCGGAUGCUGCGGAGGAGAAACAUAUCUGAAGAUAGAGACCGGGCCCAACCACCCCUUAGGGUUUGUGUCAAUUGCCAACACAUCUAAAGAGCUGAACGUCUCAAUCCAGAUGGAGAAUCGGGAACCGGUGUUCUCAGCACGGAUGCCUAUAUUCCUGGACUCGCGCUAUGACAAUACUAUUGAGAUACUCAGUGUAAGCGGGAAUCACCCUGUGGCCAUAAUACGGAAAGAGAAGGAGCACAGAUCUUCCAAGGUCAUCUUCCACUUUCCCUUGAACUUGACAGCUACACUGAAAGCUGUAAUCCUGGGCACAUUCCUGUACAUGACUUAUCGAGUGAACCAACUGACCACCAGCAGCAGCAGCAGCAGCAGUUCUACAGCCGAUGAUGGGUGGGCCACUGCCGGUGGAAUGGCAAUGGGUUAUGAUAUAGCUGGGGGUAGUGACUGGGGUAAUGAUGGUGGGCAUUGUGGAGGCGGGGACUGGGGAGGUGGUGGAGGGGAUUGCGGAGGUGGUGGUGGUGGAGGGGAUUGCGGAGGUGGUGGUGGUGGAGGAGACUGCGGAGGUGGUGGUGGGGACUGCGGAGGUGGUGGUGGUGGUGGGGACAGCGGAGGUGGCGGCUGUGAUUAG